CUCUAAUCAAAGGUGUUUGGAUACGGAAGCGUUUGAAAACCUUUGGUUCUUGAAUGCUGCAUAUUCGCAAUCGUUGGAUUUUGCACACCGGCAGCUGAUGAUCUUUUUCUCCCCCUCGUCGUCAUUGGUGCUCUGGUGAUGUCCACCAUGUCGACAUUGAGGGCUGGGAAGGGCAAAUUGCAACAGAAGGGUAUUUCAAAUCAACCAUUCCGUUACGCACGCGAUAUAUUGCAUCGCGUUUUUUGUGCAUAAAAAGCCCGGGUUUGUCCUUUUGCCCCCCCUCCAAUCCUAUGCGGGCUGUCGUAUCUGGCAAAUUUCACACAUCAUUGCUUCGGCAUCUACACAAAUCAGUCAACUUUAGCACAAGACUCACCAGCACCAGCGUCAUGGCCGAAAAACCUACCAUCACCUUUUACACAGUCGGAACUCCAAACGGACAGAAAGUCAGCAUAGCCCUGGAGGAGCUGAAGCUUCCCUACGAGACAUACAAGAUUAAUUUUCAAAAGUCUGAGCAGAAAGAAGAAUGGUUCUUGAAAAUCAACCCCAACGGUCGGAUCCCUGCCAUUGUAGACAACAAGAGGGGAGGAUUCCCAGUAUUUGAAAGCGGAGCCAUCUUGUUGUACCUUGCAGAACAUUAUGAUCCCGAACAUCUCUUGCUUCCUGAAGAUGCCAACAAACGCAGUGAAGCCAUACAGUGGUUGAUGUGGCAGAUGGGUGGAUUGGGACCGAUGCAAGGUCAAGCCAAUCACUUCUUCCGUUACGCUCCGGAGAAGAUCGAAUACGGUAUCAAACGGUACCAGGAUGAAACUCGAAGGUUAUAUUCCGUAUUGGAACGACAGCUUGCAGAUGGUCGUCCUUACAUUAUUGGGGAUUACUCCUUGGCUGAUGUCGCCUCCUUUGGAUGGGUGGCGGCCCAUAACUGGGCUGGAGUAUCCCUGGAUGAGUUUCCGAAUGUUGACAAAUGGUUGCACCGAGUGGCUGAACGUCCAGCUGUGAGACGGGGCAUGGACGUCCCUGACAAGAAUACCUUAAUCGACCGUGAUUUUGCAGUGGAUCCCAAUGCAGAACAGAAGGCUCGCGACAGUGCGAAGUGGAUCUUCAAGAAAGAUGACAAGUUGUAGAACCUGGAGGCUGUGUGUACAUAUUUGGGGAAAUUUGGCCAUUGCAUGAUCAAUUGAUCUUUGCUCUGCGACUCCUCAACGAUUAACGGGACCAUCUCUGGGAUGAUCGAUAUUGAAACAUUUACAUUUACUAUUAAUUUCAAUCUUCAUCCUUUGCUGCCCGC